AACGUCUGCCGCCUCCUCGCCCGCAGGGCCCACGGCUUUUAUGCCAGAGAUGCUGGUGUCGCCCACAGAAAAAACCUGGGACUCCUGAGAAAGAUAAUGUGCCAGGAAAGUACUAAAUUCAAGAAUGUUUGGACAACUCAUUCUGCAUCUCCUAUUGCAUAUGAGAGGGGAAGAAUUUACUUAGACAAUUACCAGUGCUGUAUUAGCAGCAUUGCACAAGAGCCAAGAAUACUUUAUCAAAAGCCAAAGUGUUCUAAGUCAGAAAAAAUAGAAGAUGCUUUAUUAUUGGAAUGCCCACUGGGGGAAAUGCUACCAAGUCCAUCAGACUAUAAACCUUCCCUAAUAGUCUUGACAGUGCAGAACUGGCUUCUACGUCUCUCUGCUGAUAGUGGAGAAAUACUGGAAAAAAUAUACCUUGCUGGUUCCUGUUGCAAAUUCAGGUAUCUGAGCUGGGAUACUCCUCAAGAGGUAAUGGUUGUAAAGUCAGCUCAGAAUAAGCUCCCUGCAGCAGCACGACAGGCAGGUAUCCAACAGUCUGUAUUGUUCUAUCUUGCUGUAUUCCAAGUUUUGCCUCUUUCAUUCAUUGGAAUGCUAGAAAUAAACAAAAAGAUAUUUGGUAAUAGUGUGACAGAUGUUGCUGUUUCUAAUGGAAUCCUGAUUGUAAUGUAUAGCAUGGGUCUGGUCAGGCUCUAUAACUUCCAGGCCAUCUCUGAACAGUUCAUGGAACAGCCAUUUGAUUUGGGACGUGAAUUCAACUGGAAUGGUCAGGUGGGAGUUGUAGGAAAGUAUCCAUUUGGUCUUCCAUGUAACAUUAAAAUAACAGAUACACCACCUUUGCUAUUUGAAGCAUCUUCUCUGGAGAAUGCAUUUCAAAUUGGAGGUUACCCUUGGCAUUAUAUCAUCACACCUAACAAGAAAAAGCAUAAAGGAGUCUUCCACAUUUGUUCUCUGAAAGACAAUGCUUUGGCAAAGAAUGGCAUACAGGAUAUGAAAUGCUGUUCACUGGAACCUGAUUGGAUAUAUUUCCAUCCAGAUAUGUCAGGUAGAAUAAUCCACGUGGGACCAAAUUUGAUAAAAGUCUUGAAGCUUAAGGAAGUUAAAAAUAAUACAGAUCAAAUGGAGAUCGCAGAAGAUUUUACGAUUGUGGCCAACAGAGAAAACUCUGUGAACAAUGCUGUUACCGUAACAGCUUCUGGUCGAGUGGUGAAAAAGCGUUUUAACUUGCUGGAUGACGACCCGGAACAAGAGACAUUCAAAAUUGUGGACUAUGAAGAUGAAUUGGAUUUGUUAUCCACUGUGGCGGUUACUCAAAUAGGAGCUGACGGAAAAGCUCACCUUGACUUUCAUUGUAAUGAACAUGGGAUUCUACUUAAGAGUGUUCCAUUACUGGAGUCCUGGGAUGUGACUUACAGUCAUGAAGUUUACUUUGACAAAGACCUUGUAUUACAUAUAGAACAGAAGCCUAACAGGAGGUUCAGUUGUUACGUUUACCAAAUGGUGUGUGAUACUGCAAAAGAUGAUGAAUGUUCAA